GGUUCCCGCCCUGCCAGUCUGACGCGGCCGCUGCGCUUUGUGCUCCGCCUGCCACUGAUGCUGCGCGGCCCGGACGACGGGCUCCGCCGCCGCUGCUGCACCGUGUGAGGUGGAGAGUAGCGGCCGUGAGGCGCCAGCGCCGGCAUGUCGCUGCCUCCGGAGAAAGCCUCGGAGCUGAAGCAGCUCAUCCACCAGCAGCUGAGCAAGAUGGAUGUCCAUGGCAGAAUAAGAGAAAUUCUUGCAGAGACUAUACGAGAAGAAUUAGCACCUGAUCAACAACAUUUAUCAACAGAAGAUCUGAUCAAAGCUCUCAGACGUCGAGGAAUCAUCGAUGAUGUAAUGAAAGAACUUAAUUUUGUAACUGAUAGUGUUGAUCAAGAACUCCCUUCUUCUCCAAAGCAAACCGUUGGUUUUGAUAAACAGUCAACAUUAAAAAAAACUAAUAUUGAUCCAACACGGAGGUAUCUUUACCUUCAGGUUUUGGGUGGAAAAGCUUUCUUGGAACAUCUGCAAGAACCUGAGCCUUUGCCGGGACAAAUCUGUUCAACUUUCACUUUGUGUUUACAUUAUCGGAACCAACGUUUUCGCUCAAAACCUGUACCCUGCGCUUGCGAGCCAGACUUCCAUGAUGGCUUUUUGCUUGAAGUUCACAGAGAAAAUUUAGGUGAUGGAACUAGAAUGGCUGAUUCAACAACAAUGUUAUCAAUAAGUGAUCCAAUUCACAUGGUACUAAUCAAAACAGACAUAUUUGGUGAGACCACUUUAGUUGCAUCCUAUUUUCUGGAGUGGAGAUCAGUUUUGGGCUCAGAAAAUGGAGUGACCAGUCUGACUGUGGAGCUCAUGGGUGUAGGUACAGAAUCAAAAGUUUCCGUGGGAAUUUUAAAUAUAAAACUUGAAAUGUACCCCCCACUCAGCCAGACACUGUCUCAGGAAGUAGUGAACACACAGCUUGCCUUGGAACGUCAGAAAACUGCCGAGAAAGAGCGAUUGUUUCUAGUUUAUGCUAAGCAGUGGUGGAGAGAGUAUUUACAAAUUCGACCCUCACACAAUUCACGGCUGGUCAAGAUUUUUGCCCAGGAUGAGAAUGGGAUAAAUAGACCUGUCUGUUCCUAUGUCAAGCCACUUCGAGCUGGGCGACUUCUGGAUACUCCGAGGCAAGCAGCUCGAUUUGUUAAUGUCCUUGGUUAUGAACGAGCCCCUGUUAUUGGAGGAGGUGGCAAGCAGGAACAGUGGUGCACUCUGCUGGCUUUUCUCUGUAGAAACAAGGGUGAUUGUGAAGACCAUGCUAACCUGUUGUGCAGCCUCCUUCUUGGAUAUGGACUGGAGGCCUUUGUCUGUGUUGGAACUAAGGCCAAGGGCGCUCCUCAUGCCUGGGUUAUGACCUGUGGGACUGAUGGGACCAUCAUGUUUUGGGAGAGUUUAACAGGGCACAGGUACAUCCACAAGCCUACUAAUCCUGAUGGACCUCCACUUGCUGAACAGCCUAAACCGCUGUACCCCUAUCGAACAAUCGGUUGUGUUUUCAAUCAUCAGAUGUUCCUGGGAAACUGUCAACCCUCGGAUGCAGUAGAGACCUGCAUAUUUGAUUUGAAUGAUGAGUCCAAGUGGAAACCCAUGAGUGAAGAAGCAAUUAAGUCUGUGUGCGCUCCAGGUGCUACUACAUCCCUCCCUCCCUUCCCACCUCUGUGCGCAUCCACGAUUGACGCCUCAGUCACAAGCAAUGAAAUUGAAAUGCAGCUAAGGCUUCUGGUGUCCGAACACAGAAAGGACCUUGGCCUCACUACUGUUUGGGAAGACCAGCUCUCCUAUCUUUUAUCACCAGCUUUGGCUUCAUAUGAAUUUGAACGAACAACAAGCAUCUCUGCAGGCAAUGAAGAAUUUCAAGAUGCCAUAAGGAGGGCUGUGCCUGACGGGCACACAUUUAAAGGGUUCCCCAUACAUUUUGUGUAUAGAAAUGCAAGGCGUGCAUUUGCCACUUGUCUUCGGUCUCCUUUUUGUGAAGAAAUAAUCUGUUGUCGUGGAGACCAGGUGCGACUGGCAGUUCGUGUUCGAGUGUUUACCUACCCUGAAUCUGCAUGUGCUGUUUGGAUCAUGUUUGCUUGUAAAUAUCGCUCAGUAUUAUAGGACUAACAUUUCCUAAGAAUUAUUCCUGUGUUUUAUUAGAAUUGUAUGAAUAGCUGUAUGAAGGUUUCUUAACUUAAAAUCAGCCUUUAGGAUGUCGUUUUAUAUAGAUCUGACUGGCAAUGUUUUAAAAUAUCAUGUAUGUACUUAAAAAUUAAGGAUAAAAAUUUGUAUUGAAUUUAGUAUGAAUUAAGUGUAUAAUAAUAAAUGAUACUUUGAGGGACUCAGUAGUUUAAAUGUGAAUGUAAGAUCUGUUACUUUACAUUAGUAAGUAAGUAAAGAGAUUUGUCUACUGGUUUAAGCCAUAGUUAAAUCAAAAUGAUCAUUAUUUUUCAUAAAGGAAAGAUUAUUUUACACGAAUUAGGAGAAAUUAACCUUAAUAGUUUAUUUAUUACAUAGAUAAAAAUAUAUUUUGCUAAAUUAUCAUUUUUGUGUGAUACUAGGGAUAUAGGAGGCUUUACAGAAGUGUAAGUAAAGACUUUGAUGUAAGAAUAGAAAAAAGCUAGGUAUGAUGGCACACACUUUUAAUUCCACAAUGGGCCAGCCUGGUCUACAUAGCAAAUUUCAGGCCAGUCAGGGCUAUACAGUGAGAACCAUCACAAACAACAACAAAAGGAAUGUAAUAACCAAAAAGCAUAAAUGUUAAUAACUGAUCUCACAUGAAUAUGCUGUAUGUGAAUAAUUUAUGGAUAUUAUUUAAAUUAAUCGAGCACUUUAGAAAAUACUUAUUACAUUUCAUUGUUUAUAAUGCUGGUUGUUCUUUAUUUUUUGUUGUGAUUAAAAACAUCAGCCUAUUGCCAGGCUAUGAUGGUGCACACUUUUAAUUCCAGCACUAGGGAGGCAGAAACAGGUGGAUCUCUGUGAGUUCGAGGGUAGCCUGGUCUACAGAGCUAGUUCCAAGACAGCCAGGGCUAUACAGAGAAACCCAGUCUCAAAAAACAAACAAAAAUCCCAAUUGAAAAAAAACAGAUCAGCUUGUAUGUGACUCAUGUCAUUGAAAAAAUCAUAAGAGGCCAUUGAGAAAGCAUGUGAGUUCAUAUUUAUUUUAAACUGAGCAAAUUUAAAUGUUUUAUUUUAAAAGCAAGCAAAGGUAAGCAUUAAAAACUAAAGUAAUUCAACUUUCUAUAAGUAACUGAUGAUGAGUAUUUUGACUGUCCAUUCUGCGUUUCUGUGCAGAGGGUUGUUUUGUUUUGUUUUGUUUUGGUGAUACUAGCAAUACUACAUGCUGGGCAAACACUACCACUGAGCUACACCCACAGUGUGUCAACUAUGUGGCCCUGGCUGGCCCAGAACUCACAGAAGUUUGCUUGCAUCUGUGUGCAGUUUCUUAGUUCAGUUGCCUUAUCCAUUGGUCUUCUUAAGAAAUAAGUGUAUGCCAGUCCACUAUCCACAUUAUUUAUUCUUUUCAUUACUUGCUGUUGCAAAUAAAAUGGUUUAUUUAUUUAUUUA